AAUGUAAAGUAACCAGAAUGCUUCGGAGUGUAAGAGCUUCAGUUCCGGAGUAAAGAGGCGAUGAGUAGGUCAUUAAACAGCAUCUUGUGAUCUUGGUUGUUCCAUUUUGAUGCGAUCGAUGAGGAGCGAGAAGAGGGCAAGAGGAAAAGUACACAGACACACUCACACACACACAUACACGGCACCGCACUGAAAAGCUGCUGGCCGCAUUUCCAGUUCGGUUAGUUUCAUGUUUCGUGUGUUAGUUGUGGCGUUGGCUGAAACUGACGCGAUUAGCGCUGUUACACAAUCGGGGUUGCUCUCUGGGCAAGGAUCGCCGGGGUAGCGCCGCGCUGGGCUGGACUUGCAUCUCCUCCCCACGUCUCCCUAAACAGCCACUUCCCCUUUUAAAUUCUUAAUUGUAACUCCCCCCCCCCCACCCACCCACCCCUCCACUACCCAACCCCCCCUCCUUUUUAAAAAAAAUUCCCCUCCCCUUCCCCGGCUUUGCGAAUCCAGCCAUGUUACAGAAUGACACGAAAAGGCAAUCAGCCUGCAGUCCAUAUCUGGAGACGGAACUGGAGUCCUUUAAGAGUGCAGAGGUCAGCUGUGGGAGUGAGAGUACCCAGCUGGACUGCCACCCUGCACCUGGCAACUUGGUGCUACAAGAUCAUGGAGGGACUAGCUCACCUCACAGCAACCUAGGCUGGCCCACCAGCCAGGGGGGCGAGGAAAGCCUCCUCCAGCAGAGGGUCCUGCCAACUGCCAUGCUGCUGCCCAAGAUGGUCCACCUGGGCCCCCUCUUCGGCGGGACUUUCCCCUCAGCGCACCAGAUGGGGCUGUUGCAGCAGCACAGACAGUCGUCCCUCAACCAGCAUCCUCCCCCGGGGUCCUUCCCCCAAAGGAACGGCUUCAGCGGACAGCAGCAGAGUUUCAGGGCGUUCAGCUGGGGCGGACACCAGCAGCAGAGCGGAGGAGGUGGAGGAGGAAGUGGUGGCUGGGACUCCCUCAGUACUCCCUGCAGCAGGAGCCUGAGGAGAUCGGUUGGAGUAAUGGGAGUCUCGAACUCGAUCGCAUCCUGCUCUUCCAAGAGGUCCUAUUCCAGUCACCUCAUGGUGCCUCCAAAGUUGAACAGGAGCCAACCUGGACUAACUCCCAAAUCCUGGAUGGAUGACAACCCAGUGUGCACAGACAGCAACAGCAACUGGCUGCCUCACCAGCAGGAAUGGACGCACCCCUAUGACACGUUCAACAUGCACUCAUUGGAGAACUCCUUGAUUGACAUCUUGCAGAAUGAGCAGGAACCACUUAAAAGUCGAUCUGCUCUCUUUCCUGUGGAAGAUGGCUUCCUUGACAACAGCCAGGGUGACCAGUCUCUAUCUUCUGGCUUGAACUCCCCAGCUCUGAGUCAGAAUGGAAAGCAAGGAGAACGGUAUUCCCGAAAGGUUUUCGUCGGCGGUUUGCCCCCUGACAUCGAUGAAGAUGAGAUCAUCGCCACUUUCUGCUGCUUUGGUCAGCUGAUGGUUGAUUGGCCUCACAAGUCCGGCAGUAAAUCCUACUUUCCACCUAAAGGUUAUGCUUUUCUGCUGUUUCAGGAAGAGUGUUCAGUUCAGGUUCUUAUUGACGCCUGUUAUCAAGAUGACGGUAAACUCUACUUGUACGUUUCUAGCCGCACGGUUAAGGACAAACCGGUACAGAUCAGACCCUGGAGUCUGAGCGACAGCGACUUUGUCCUGGAUGGGUCACAGCCUCUGGACCCCAGGAAGACCGUCUUUGUUGGGGGGGUCCCGAGACCCCUGAAAGCCGUGGAGCUGGCGAUGAUCAUGGACCAGCUUUACGGGGGCGUUUGCUACGCUGGCAUUGACACUGACCCCGAUUUGAAGUACCCCAAAGGAGCGGGCAGAGUGGCGUUCGCCAACCAGCAGAGCUACAUCGCGGCGAUCAGCGCCCGUUUCAUCCAGCUGCAGCACCGGGACAUCGACAAGCGGGUGGAGGUGAAGCCAUAUGUCCUGGUGGACCAGCUGUGCGACGAGUGUCAAGGCGCCCACUGCAACGGCAAGUUCGCCCCCUUUUUCUGCGCCAACAUCACCUGCCUGCAGUACUACUGUGACUACUGCUGGACCAGCAUCCACUCCCAGGCAGGACGCGAGUACCACAAGCCUCUGGUCAAAGAAGGGGGGGAAAGGCUGCGACAGCUGCCCUUCCGCUGGAGCUAAGAGACCCGGCCCAAAACCCACUACCCUGUGGGACUUGGACGUCUGUACCUAGUGGCUCUUUGUUAAUUGGCCCAUUCCUUUAUUUAGAAGUGUUUGCGCACCGAAUUUUCUUACCCAGUAUAUCUUUUGAUUAAUUAUUUUUAAAGCAGAGAGAUUUGGUUUUGGGUGAAGCACUAACCCGAGGGAGCGAUGGGUGCUUGUUUCUUGUUUUUGAGGGGGUGGGGUGGGUUCUCCACCUAAGGGUUUCCUCUUUGCAGCACUGGGAAGGUGGAGGGUUGAGUUGUGAGCACGGAGGGUGGAGGAAGGGUCCCGUUGGGCAAGACUGAGGUUGGUUGAGGGAGGGAGGGAGGAGUGGGCUGGCGGUUUUGUUCCAACAGUUUGCAGUGAGAGGGGCUGCACACAGGCUGGAGAGUGGAGAGAACGAGCAGAGCCCGAGUUAGGGGGCUUGUCUGGCUGAACACACUCGCAUGUUCCGCGGUCAGUAGUCAACUACUUCCACAUGGGCUACGCUGCACUACUGCCCCUGUGACUGUACCCACUGAUCUUUCUCUUCCACCUCUCCCCACCCCGCGGCACCGCUCACCGAUCUUUCUCCCCCCCACCCACAAAUCUUCCCCACACCCCCCUGCAGCCCCGCCCACCGAUCUUCCCCACCCCCCCAUGGGCCCACACACCAAUCCCCCCCCCACAUGGCCCAGCUGACCACUCUUCCCCCCCCCUUCCCCAUGGCCCCAUCCACCAUUCCCCGUACAUGGCCGUGCCUGGCAACCCACCGCCAAUUUUCAUAUCACCCUGCCCACAGAUGCUGGCUUCCGAUUCUGACAUGGCCCUGCCUAACAGUCCCCCUUGCUCCCCACAUCUUUAUUAUGGGUGCUCCCCUCCUUCCCCUUCCCUGCUGACGUGUCCAGCUAACCCCAUGGCCGUAUCUUUCUACCCAUUCCUGAUCGUGGCCCCGUCCCAUUCCACAGAGGGAGUUCUGUUUGCUUCACCCUCACCCCGGCAGCAUUCAGCCCCACCCUGAUUCCAUCUCCACACUCCCCCUCCUCCACCAACUGCACACUAUUACACCGUACCCCAAUUUAAUUUUCACUCGCACACCCCUCUCCUGUCACUCCCACCCCCCCAUUGGGGAUGCUCCCCAAAUACAGCCCCCCCUUUCUUCCCACUGAAUAUCGCCCCCGCAGGUCUGCGGGUGUUGAGAAGGGUCUGGCUGUCCCUGCCCCUGUUGUGGACUGUUUUCUGUCAACAUUAUUGACCUUUGAGACCCCGACCUGCUGGAAUUGGUGGGAUACACAGGGAAGGUGCCCAAGACCCGGUGGAAGGGAGAGGAGACAGAGAUUUGGACCUAGUUACACCCUCCAGUAAGUCCUAUCACCGGAGGAGCCCUCAUUCUCUGCCCCCCGUGUGUGAGAUCCAUUUGAUUGGGUGAUUGAGAUCACUGCUGGUCAGUGGACUUGCCACUUGGAAUAUCUAUAACGGCAGUGAAGGUACUGGCCAGCCCUGGUCUCCUUUACUCUGCCUGAGCAGCUCUGGCAAGAUCUGAUUCCAAACCCAUGUCCAGGGGCACGGAGUACACAGCAAGUCUUCAAGCGUGAUUGCAGUGUGGAAUGAUGUUGGGCUUGGUCUCCCAACGCAUUUAGCCCCACAGCACGAGCCUGUGCCCGCAGGGCAGUGCAGAGGCAGGACUGCCACAAUCUGGGAGCUUUUGGGACGUUAAAACACACCCCUGGGCUCUGUCUCUUUGUUUCUCUCGCCCCCCCCCCACCCCGAUCUCUCUUGACACCUUUUCUCCACUGUUGCCCUGGGCAACCUGAGGUAACGCCAGUCCAGCCCAGGGUUCCCUGGAGCACCUCCUGUUGUCUUGCCCUCCAGUGCAUCCCCUUCCCCUCUGAGUGUGGUGCUGCUGCAGCAGGGCUGCUGAGUGAGGUCCGUGCCGUGCCUCACUGGGUGGGUCUCCUCCUCGCAGUGGGUCAAACCCAGGAGGAUGGGCUGGUUGGCUUGUGGAGCAGGGACUGAAGAGGGUGGUGUGGUUGAGGGGUGGGGAAGGUACACUGAGUGUGUGUGUGGCUGCUCCCUCUGCCGUCGGGGUGAAGAUGUGACCACAUUGACUGCUGAAAGUUUUGUGCUGCUGUUCUCUCGCUCAGCUGUUGGGUGGUGGAGAUAUUAUGUGCCCCUGGCAGUGGGCUGUGGAGGGCCCUGUGCCUGUGUGUGUGUUUGUGUGUGCACACCUUGGCCCUGUCAGAACAAGGGUGAACUCGUGUGAGGUGAUCUGCACUUGGCCACUACAGGGGUUCAAGUGACCUGGCCCAGUCACACGUCCAUCCUGGCCAAUGGCAGAGCCACUUGCCUGCCUGUGCUUGGCCAAUGGCAGAGCCACUUGCCUGCCUGUGCUUAGCCAAUGGCAGAGCCACUUGCCUGCCUGAGCUGGCCAAUGGCAGAGCCAGCGGCCUUUCCACCCCAUGUGAUUGGCCGUGCCGAAUGUUCACCCUUGCCAAUGGGGGAGCUGGUUCUGCACUGAGUGGGAUCAUUUAGCACGUGGAUUAGACUUGGUUCGGGGAAGUGAGGGAAGGCGAGGUAAGAUGAGAGGAGGUGAAGGAAGGGGAGAUAUGGUAAGGUGAGGGGAUUUCACAUGAGGUGAGUUUGAAGUCGUGUGCCCGACAGACAGGACAGGGAGAGACAUGGGCCAGCAAGGUACCCAGUAAGGUCCGGCUACUGUCUCACUGGGAGGGGGGUUGGUUUGGGGUUGGGGAGAAGAAUCACACAGGGCUCCGUUUGCACAGAAAGCACUUUAGCACAGCCUCCCCCCCCCCCCCCUUACAGCGAAGCAAAAUCCCCCACCCAACAUAACCCGACUUGGAGCAGAGUGAUCAGCACUCGUUUUGUUUUCUCUUCUUCAUUAGAUAAUCUUUCUGUUAAUCAUUACAAUGUGUGAUUGUGGCCCUUGGAUCAUGCAGCACUGUUUUGAGAGGUAAUCAGGGAUAGCACGCCUAAUGUGCUCUCUUAAAUUCCCCCCCCCCACACUAAUCCCAACACCCAUACACUUUGCAAUCCCAUAGAACAGGUGGCCUGGUCAGUGUGGACAGUUUGACACAGGUAAUCCCCUGGGUACCUCCAGGCAGCGGUUUGGAUCAAUUGGCCAGUGAGAGAGGUUAACUAGGAAGCAUUAAUUACACGUCGAAUUCCCUCAGAAUCCCCCCCCCCCCCACCGCCCCGAGUUUUUGAAAUAACUCAGGGGUUCCCGGGGUGUUGGGACCAGAGGGCACAAAAGAAAGAGAGACCUCCUGAACACAGAAGCCCAUUCUAAAUCUGUCUCUACCGCUGCUUGGGCUUCAUCGCGAUGGAAGGUUUCAGCUCUCCUGGUACGUCAAGGUGUUCCAGAACCGCACCAGCUAACACUGAGGGUAUCGUGUCACACAUUAGGUUGGCUGGUCCCGGUAGGUCUGCCCUGUCCCGAGUGCCCCUGUGCCGGACAGGAGGCGGAGAGACCUUCCAGGCUGGUGGUGCGGUGGGACAUCUCUAGCAUAAUGCAGCCAAGAGCAGGGGAGGACCUUGCAGGUUAACGUGGUGUGGUUGGGUGGAGGGGAAGCAUUGUGAAGCCAAGUCUCCCUGGAAGAUGCCUUUCAAGGCCAAGUGGGGUUAUCAGGAGGAAAAGGGGAGCAAACCUGAAGAGGUGGUAGCGUCUUAACUAGAAGUAGGGUUGUGGGGAGUGGGAGAGAGAAAAUGACUUACUUGUAUAGUGUCUGUUCCUUGGAUUCAGAUUUAACAUACCUAAUAACACAACAUCUUGUAAACAAACUACCAGAGUCUGGAAUAUUUCACACUUGAACUAGGUUGUAGCAGUUUUGUAAAAACAAAAUAUAUAAAUCAGUAAAUGAGAUGCUGCUUUUUUCUACUAAGGAGUCACAUGAUUUUUGUAUUUUUGUAUUGCAACUUUAUCGUCCAGUGAUGUUUUCUAUUACUAAUGGUUGUAUGUAAUGUCGAACAUGAACAUGUGACUCUGUAGAUAUAUAGUAGAUACCUCAGAUUUUUUUUUCAAUUUUAAAAUCUUAUUUUUUUUCUCUGAAAUAAAUAUAUUUCGGUUCUGCAAAGACUGACAGAUAAUUUAUCUUUUAGUUUAGUUUGGAAAUAACAUAUAAUUAUAUAAAUAUAUAUUAUAUAAAAGGCAGUAUGCACACUGUAAAAUUAAAAAUGUAUCAAGUCUUGAGGUAAAAUGUUUAACAAUGAGAAUUUGAUUUGCCAAAUAAAUGCUUGAUUU